GUGGCUGGUGGAUUUCAGUUUUUGCCGGCGUUGGUGAACUUGUGUUUACCUCUUCUCUAACUUCGUUUUUGGCUCUUUUUGCUAAGAUGUACUCUUCCGGUGGUGGCUCCUUUUUCGUUCUGUCUCGUGCUGUUGUUUGCUCUGGUGGUGGCGGUGUGGUUCUGCCCCUCUUUUCUGAAGCCUCGGGACGGUGGCUCGUGUGCUCAGCUGCAUCUCUGGUGGUUCUUGGUGGCUCGUUCUUCUCUAUUGCUAUGGUUACAAUCUGGUUUUCAGAUCUUGGUUCAGGUGGCUUUGUUGAGGUGUGGGAGCAGCUCAGUCACGCUAUGGUGGUUGUGCUGGUGGCGUCUCUGGAUUCCGGUGUAGCUAGCCGGUCUCUUCUCGCCUUCUUCCUAUUCAGUUUUGGGGUUGUUCUAGUUCCUUCGCUUCACCACGGAGCUUCUGUUGUUCGUGUGGCGGUUAGGCUCGCCGUCGGUGGGUUUCUUUGGUUACGGCGAGUCUCCUCUGCUUGUGGGAGGACAUUGGUGUCAGUUUUGUCUUCCGUCGCUGCUUUUUUGUGGCUUCUCGCCAGGUUUCCUUUUCUCUUAACCGGUGGUUCGAUGUCGGUGGUUUUUAUUAAGUGUAUCAGUUUUAGGAGGUGUGCAUCUUGUCCGAGUGGAGUCUUCUUGAGAAGAAUAGAGGCGGCGCUUUGGUCUACGUGGCAUUGCUGAUCCGUGGGAGAUGGUUCCUAUCUUUUGUAUAGGAAUGGCGACCGGAGGUGGUUUCUCUGAUUGCCCAUAGAUGCUCCUG